GCAUGCAGUAGCUGAGCUAUAACCGCGCCGGCCCGACCUGCGCGAGCAGUCGCACCGCAACCCGCACCGCCACCACAACCAUGAUUGUCGUCGCGCUCGUGGCCAUCGCGCUUGUUGCGCUUUACUUUUACAACGUCAGAAACUUCAACUACUGGAAGGAAAGAGGAGUAAAACAUGAAAAACCAAUACUAUUAUUCGGCACCAACGCCAAAAAUUACCUGCAGAAGCAAAGUGUCACAGAAAAUUUAGUGGAAUUGUAUUGGAAGUAUCCCGACGAGAAAGUGGUCGGAUUUUACAGAUCCACAGACCCAUGUUUGCUGGUGAAGGACCCGGAGAUUAUUAAGCGGGUCCUGCAGACAGACUUCAGCAUGUUCUACCCUCGGGGCUUGAACCGUGUGAAAGGGCACGAGAUCGAGCCGAUGCUGCGCAACCUGUUCUUCGCGGACGGCGACACGUGGCGCCUGCUGCGACAGCGCAUGACGCCGGCGUUCACGAGCGGCAAGCUGCGCGCCAUGUUCCCGCUCAUCGUGGAGCGCGCCGAGAGCCUGCAGGCGCGCGCGCUGGCCGCCGCCGCCGCCGGCCGCACGCUCGACGCGCGCGACCUCAUGGCGCGCUACACCACCGACUUCAUCGGCGCCUGCGGCUUCGGCCUCGAGGCCGACUCCCUCAACGAGGACGACUCCGCCUUCAGGAAACUCGGAGCGAAGAUAUUCCGAUUUAGCGUAAAGGACGCUAUUAUUAUUAUGCUUAAGGAUUUCUUUCCGCACCUACUUAAACGUGUUCACACUCUUAAAAGGGUUGAGGGUGAAAUGACUGAUCUAGUUAGAGUUAUAUUAAAACAAAGAAAUUACCAGCCAUCUGGCAGAAAUGACUUCAUUGACUUAUUGCUAGAAUGCAAAAAGAAAGGUACGUUGGUUGGGGAGUCUAUAGAAAAAAGGAAAGCGGACGGAACAGCUGAAACCGCGACUUUAGAACUGGACGACGUUCUCAUGACUGCUCAAGUUUUUGUGUUUUUCGCCGCGGGCUUCGAGACGUCGUCGUCCGCGACCAGCUUCACGCUGCACCAGCUGGCGUACCACCCGGAGGUGCAGAAGAAGGUGCAGGAGGAUAUAGACAGGGUGUUGGCCAAACAUGACAAUAAACUGAGCUACGAGGCAGUCAAAGAGAUGACGUAUUUGGAUUGGGCCUUCAAAGAGGGUAUGAGGAUGUUCCCCUCGCUCGGAUUCUUGGUUAGGAAAUGUGUGGGGAAAUACACAAUACCUGAGAUAGGACUGACGAUAGACGAAAAAGCUAGGAUUUGGAUUCCUGUUCAAAGCUUGCACAUGGACCCGAAGUACUUCGACAACCCUGAGGAGUUCAAGCCAGAGCGGUUCCACCCCGACUCAUACGACAGUGCAAACUUGAAGUAUGUGUAUCUGCCGUUUGGAGAAGGGCCCCGUGCUUGUAUAGGCGAGCGGCUCGGGCACAUGCAGUCGCUGGCGGGGCUGGCGGCGAUCCUGUCGAGGUUCACGGUGGAGCCGGCGCCGGAGACGGUCCGCAAGCUGGCGGUGUCUCCCAACGCAGGCAUCGUCCAGAGCAUCCAAGGAGGCAUCCCGCUGCUGUUCAAAGAACGGAAAAUUUAUAAAUUAUAGUUUUAAUCUCAUUCAUGUUA